AUGAAAAAGCACAAAGAACAACUAUUGGAAAAGCAGAAUGGGUCACAAAAGAACAUGGGGGCUUUGUUUAGCCCACUAGCAAAGAUGGAAGAAACCACUUGUAAGGGUGAAAUCGUCACUGCUGACAGCAUUCUAAAGCCAACAUUGAAAUUGCACCCAACAGCAAACAAAAUUGCCAUGCAAACAGAAAUGUGUCAGCAAGAACAACUUGUGAAACAGACCCAAGCGAUGACACCCAUCCAUAGGAAAGUCUUUGUACGUAAAAAAUCAUCUAAGCUGAGUGACGAAGAAGUGUUGGAAAAACUCAGGCUGUUAUGUUCACCAGAUCAUCCAGAUUCCAUUUUUGAAAAAAUUAGUGAGAUUGGUUCUGGGGCAUCAGGUACUGUUUUCAUUGCACGCAAUCGAAGAUUAGGAAAUAAAGUGGCUAUCAAGGACAUUGACUUGGAUAAACAGCCUAAAAAGGAGUUGAUCUUAACAGAAAUAAAGGUCAUGAGAGAACUAAGACAUGAGAAUCUGGUUAACUUCCUGGAUGUAUAUUUACUUGACAAUCAUUUGUGGGUUAUUAUGGAAUUGUUGGAUGGUGGUCCCUUGACAGAUGUUGUUACUGAGACCAUCAUGAAGGAACCACAGAUAGCAGCAGUUUGCAAUCAGACCUUACAAGGGAUUAAUUAUUUACAUCAAAAUGGAGUAAUUCACCGAGAUAUCAAAUCUGAUAAUGUUCUUCUUGGGAAAGAUGGUUCUAUCAAGGUCACAGACUUUGGAUUUUGUGCUAAUAUUCAGGGUGAUGAGAAGAGGCAAACAAUGGUAGGAACACCAUAUUGGAUGGCUCCAGAGGUAAGUGAAUUCCUCAAAUAGUGUGACAUAACUCCC